AUGGACAUAUCUCUGUCCCACAAAAAGCUGGGUAUCCCAGUUGAAAGUCUUGACAAGGUACUACGUUGUUGCCCAAACCUUGUAGAGCUGCGGUUGCGACUUGGACCAGAAGUCAACACACUGUUCAAAAAGCCCACCACGGAGAGGCGGCUACGUGAUGCAUUUAAAUCAUUAUCAACGUCCCUAAGAGCCAUACAAGUGGUCUAUAUCUCCCAUCCUUCUAGGACCAAAGUACUCGAGGAGCUUCAAGCUCUAGUUUGCUUUGCAAAUUUGGACUUUUUGGUCCUUGCAACCAAAGACGGGACAAUACGAGCACCUCCCUUGGAUUCUGCAGAAUGGGACACCUGUGACAUAUCUGGGACUUAUGCUACCUGGCCAAUUGAGACAAACAGCGCACACCUGUCAUCCAGCCUCAUCAAGCCAGAGACGUUGCGUCUAAAUACAGAUGCUGUUUCAUUCCAUCCAUUGCUUAAUAUAUUUGGCCAAGACAUCAAACAGAUUUUCUAUCGACGCUACAGUACCAGGUGGGAUGAAUCGCUUCUCGACAUUAUCGCAAAAUGUCAGAACAUAGAAAGGAUCCUGGUGCUUUAUACAGAUCGUUACGUUUCGGGCGACUCCGGUACAUGGGUUCACACAUUGCGAUUCUGUGCUGUGGAACGCCAGGAUUGGUCAAUCUCACCGGUCAUUCGAGAGGGCGAAUCAAGUGGAUCCUCUAGCAAUGUGAAUGCAAUAGACUCCAUUGAACUCCAUAGCAUGUCACACAUUGUUGGGUUUCAUCACGCCUUUCCACCAUCCUGGAAAUACAAAGGGCACAUCCAACCACGCAAAAGGACAAUAUUCGAUCCACGGACGGCAAGAGAGGCUUUCUUUGGGACCGAGAUAGAUCUACUACGUGACCCUCCGACACAAUUCGUCAGAUCAACGGAUUUUUAUGACAACGUUUUCGUCGCAUUCCGAAAGCGCGGCACGAACUCAGAAGUCUCUGAUUCAGAAGGCAACUAA